UAACUGGCAACACUGUUUUUGAAUAGAAGAAAAACAACGUUCCUGUCUCCUAGUUGUGUUGAAAGGGCUUGUCAUAAUUGUUAGCAGAGAAAGUUAACGACUGGCGCAAAUUUACUUUAUCCCGAAGCAGGUAUACCAGAAUUGUUGAAUCGAGCUGGCCUAUAUCUAAAAAAUCACAUGACCGGUCCAAGGGGCCGGCCUUCACGAUAGAUGGACCCAUUUAAGAAUGUGUCCUUAUCACCUUCGUCUGGGGCACUGUCAGUGCCUUUGCUGGACAGCAGCGACGAAGCUAGUGACGAAAGGACUAGUUUUGUCAGGUCUUCAAAAUCACAGAGGAAAUACGGAAGUACAACAAGCGGAAGCAGCAUGAAUGACUCUUUAUCACCGUCAAGAUUUCAUCCUAGUUGUCAUAUGGAACACAAAGUUCAAGCAGGGGACACAUUGGCUGGAAUUGCCCUUCGAUAUCAGACUACGAUGGAACAUAUUAAACGUAUCAACAAAAUGUGGACCAGCGAUACCCUCUUUCUACGAGAAACCUUACUUGUUCCAUGUCCAAUGGAAGACACUUCUGCUGGCAUGAAUGCCUUUGCCACACUAAUGAUAGAAAAUGAAACAAACGGGACAGUAGUUCCUACCUUGGACACAUCCUGUACUGAAGUCCCCUCCUUUUUCCCUGAAGUUAGCCUUAGGUCAGUGAAAAGCAAGCCUGAUCUGGCAAGGACCAGUUCUGCGAGCAGUGCAAGUAGCAGCAGCAUUGACUAUGAUAAAAGUAUUCAUGAUUAUCUUGGAGACAUUGACAGUCAAAUCAAAGAAGCAAAAUCAAAAGCACAUAAACUGCAAAAGACAAGUGAUGUAUUGAAGAGCCAUCCAGAUGUGAACAAGGGUUCGUGGCCAAGAUCACAACAAGCUUCAACAAGGUUGAGAAUGAGCUUGGCAGAACUUGGAGGAGAGUUCAAUGCUGCAACUUCUUCUGAUCAUGUGCCUGCCACAGAAGUUGUAGGUGGAGCAAGAAGCAGGAAGACAAAGUCAAUGUUCCAUCACAGGGAUAGAUUUCAAGAUGAAAUCUUUGAGUUGUAAUCUAUUCGUCAUCUUGUUUUUCAGCCGAGCGGCGUUGAGCGAACCGUUGUACAUUGUAUUUAUCAUGAUUGUGAUAUCUCAUUAGAGUUUAAUCAUGCUCCUUAAACGAUUUCAUUUCUUGUUUAACUGUAACCAAGAAAUUUCUCUUGAAGAUUCGGCGCCAUUUCUCCUUGUCCCUUCUGCUCGUCUCAGACACACGUGCAACUACAGGAAAUCCACACACUUCAAACAUUUUUUUCCUAAUCUUAACUUCCUGCUUAAUAGGUGUUGUAACCAUUGUUAUUUUAACAUAUUUUUUUCUAAACACUCUGCUAGUCAAGGAAUUGGUUAAUACAAACUCACAUCCAUGAUUAAA